CUACCCUGUCUAUAAGACGCGCAAACGUGGAACAUUUAUAGCAACUGAUGGUGUCGACGUAUUCAGUUUGAAUUCCGAUAUUACGAAGUGUUCUGUUUAGUGUCCGGCUGGAUUUUUAAUUCAAACUUUCAACAUGAGUGUAAUCCAAUUAGACACCGAAGACAAACUAGAAUACAGUUUCUUCCCCAAUUCCUCUGGAUUCGUCCAAUUCCGUGUCAGAGCAGCUAACGAUGCACAUCUAGCCCUUACCACCCAGGCAGCAGAAUGCGAACCCAUGUACGAAAUCUUCAUCGGAGGAUGGGGCAACUCAAAAUCCAUCAUCCGUAAAAACAGAAGCAAACCAGACGUAGCCGAAGUACCAACUCCAGGAAUUUUGCACCCCAAUGAAUUCCGUGGAUUCUGGAUCAGAUGGCAAAAUGGUAACAUUGCCGUCGGCAGAGAAAACGAACAAGCUCCUUUCUUGUCUUGGAACGAUUAUGAACCCAUUCACAACAUUGAAUACGUAGGUGUCUGCACCGGUUGGGGAGCAAAUGGUUCAUGGGUAGUUGAACCCCCACAAUCUGGCGGUGGUGGUGGUGGCUAUGGUGCCCCCCAAAACUACACAGCUCCACGUUCCAACUUCUCCUCAGUCUGCUGGGCUCCAGGCAGAUCUGGUCAGGUACCACCUAGAGCCUUCGCCGGAGGUGAAGACAACGGCGAACCCCUCUACGUCAUCAGGUCCCAGUUCAACGGAGGUCUCCUUCCAGGCAAACUCGUUCCAAGCCAUGGAGUCGGUUACGUUGCAUGGGGUGGCCAAGAAAACGCCGUCCAUGAAUACGAAGUAUUGUGCGAUUUCCCCGGACAAUGGGUUGCCACUUCAAGAGGAAACAUCCCACCAAACGCUUUAACAGCUGGACAGAGCGAAGACGGUGAACCUCUCUACGUAGGACGUGUCGUACAUGACGGAGCAUUGACCGUUGGAAAGGUACAACAAAGCCAUGGAGUCUGUUACAUCCCAUACGGUGGUCAAGAGAUGUCUUUCCCAGACUACGAAAUUUUGGUACAAUAAACAGAACUAAAUUGUUUAAGCUUUGGAUGUGCUGCCUAGGAUAUUAAUCCACAAAAUAUAUUUACAUAUAUAUAAAAAAAAUAAUAGCAAGUAAAAGCUACAUGAAGAUUUAUAUGGCUUCUAGGUGCCUUUAUUACCCUUAGGGAUAUGUAUUUUUAGAAGGACAUAAUUCAUUUAAUAUUUGUUAUAAGGAGUUUUUAUUUAUUUACUUGUGAAUCUCUGCUAUUAUUUUAGUGUACACUCAUGCACUACUUUUGUAAGUCUGUUUCAUUUUUAUUGUAAUACAUUUUAUUAAGAUAUUAAA